UAUAAUCUUUCAUCUUUCCAUCUUCAUUUUCCUCCUUCCCAUUAAAAGCUCCACUAUUUUCAUUCCCGCCGGUCACCGGAAAGAGCUGUCUUUUACCAUGGCCACGGCCGGGCACGUGAAGAAGCUGAUCGUGGAAGUCGUGGAUGCUCGUAAUCUCUUGCCAAAAGAUGGCCAUGGAACUUCAAGUCCUUAUGUCAUCGUCGACUACCACGGCCAGCGGAAGCGGACCCAGACUGCAGUUCGGGACUUGAACCCGACAUGGAACGAGGUUCUCGAGUUUAAUGUCGGGCCACCAUCGAGCGUGUUUGGAGAUGUUUUGGAGCUCGAUGUGAACCAUGAUCGGAGCUACGGUCAGACGCGGCGGAGCAACUUUUUGGGACGGAUCAGGCUGAGUUCCACGCAGUUUGUGAGGAGGGGUGAGGAGGCUUUGAUUUAUUUUCAUUUGGAGAAGAAGAGCCUCUUUAGUUGGGUCCAAGGGGAGAUUGGUUUGAGGAUUUAUUAUUCCGAUGGGGUUGCUCCGCCACCGUCUCCACCACCACCGGCGGUUGCAACCGUUGAUGGUGUGGAGGAGCCAUCACCAACCACGGAAUCUGAGCCGCCACAACUACCAUUGGCUUCCAAAGAAACGGAAGAAUUGGCUCCAGUCGAACAACAAGCCGCAGAGCCCACCGUAGAAAUACGAGCCACUGAGAUCACUCCUCCAGUAGAAACCGUUGUUGAAACGCCGACCACUGAGAUCACUCCUCCGGUAGAACCUGCUGUUGAAACGCCGGCUGCUGAUAAUAGUCCUCCAGCGGCUGAAACGCAGCCGUUGGAACCACACCCACCGCCGGAAUCAAACGUGGGAGCGGAGGAGGCGCCGCCGGAAACAUCAUCGGAAGACGAUCACUUUCAAACAAUGACAUCAUUGGAGUCAAAUUCAGAACCAGAAGUCAACUUCGCGCCGCAGCCAAUCAGAAGGUCGGUUCCUGCGACGGCGAGGCAGCUGUGGAAACCGCCGGUGGGGUCCAUUCAAGUCGGAGUGAUUGGGUGCAAGAAUUUGGUUCCGAUGAAGUCGACGGCGGGCGGGAAGGCAUCCACAGACGCGUAUUGCGUGGCCAAAUACGGGUCGAAGUGGGUCCGAACCCGGACCGUUUGCAACAGUUUCGACCCGAAAUGGAAUGAGCAAUAUACGUGGAAGGUUUACGAUCCGUGCACGGUGUUGACCAUCGGAGUUUUCGACAGUUCAGGAGAAUUCAAAACCGACGGUCCAGCCGAACCGGAUAGGCCCGAUUCGCGAAUCGGAAAAGUUCGGAUCCGUAUCUCUACGCUAAAAACCGGUAAGGUGUACAGAAAUUUCUUCCCUCUCCUAAUUUUCUCCGCCGCCGGAGCGCGGAAGAUGGGGGAAGUGGAACUCGCCGUCCGAUUCAUCCGCACGGCGUUGGUGACGUGGCGUGACCCACGCGCCACCGGGAUUUUCACGGCGUUCUGCUUUGCAGUGGCGGUUGUGUUGUACGUGGUGCCGUCCAAAAUGGUGGCGGUGGCGUUUGGGUUCUAUUAUCUCCGCCACCCAGUAUUCCGGGACUGGCUGCCGUCGCCCGCGCUCAACUUCUUGAGAAGGCUUCCGUCAAUGUCUGAUCGCUUAAUGUAGGUUGCCCAACAAUUUACUCUUUGUACUUCUAAAUUGUUCUACGCUCCCAAAUUUAGUUGGGGAGGAGCAUGCUUGGUAUGGUUGUAUCAACAUUUAUGCAAGACAUGUCGAUCUGAUUCACGAGACAUUGCUGGUCUGAUUAUACUUCUUCAUGUAUGGGCUUGGGAUCGGUUCCCAAGCAUGGCUCUAGCUCGUCGCAACAUCGCGGAACAUGAGCUAGCAGGACAACCAUUAGCUGCACAAUAUACUUAUCUAACUAUUUCAUUGUGACAUAAUAUUAAUUCUUUUAAUAUAUAUACAACUUGACAAACUUAGAGUAUUAUUGUAGGUGGAGAGAUCAAUUUUGUGUCACAGAAUUAUCGACACAUGUAUUGGUUCAGUAUAGAUACAUGUCGGACUUCCUGACACUGGGAUCGGUAUGUAUUUAAAUAUUUAAAAUUAUAUAUAUAACUUGGUUGACUUUUGACAUUGUUUGGGGAAAGAAUACCCUGGACACGUGGAGGACAGCCAUUGGUUCUCCAAGAUGACCCAUGAGUCAUGCCCCAGCUUGAACCGCCGAGAUUACCGCCACUAGCGUUGACAGGUUCUAAGUAUGAGGGCCGAGGUGCGACCUGGCCAAGGUUCGAUCUACCGGGAAGCUCGGUGGGGGCCGAUGUGAGCGACUGUCAGCGGCGUGAUUAUCGGGUGUAACCGUCGGUCCCGAGAUUACCGGGUGUAACCGUCGUUCCUGAGAUUACCGGGUAUAACCGUCGCGGGAUUAGCGGGACUACCACCUAUAAGUAGAGGAUCUCACUCCACGAUCAGAUGAUUUGGGACCAUAUAAUAAGGAAUUUACAUCCCUACCAGAUUAGUGCAACAACGGACAUGAAAUUGGUGCACAGUAAGUGUACUCAUUUGUUUUCAUGUUGUUGAGUGGCAUCAUCCAGAUAGAGUUGGUAGGCAGUUCGGGAUGAAACAAUCAAUUCCAGAUGUUCCUAGUUGGGACCCGAAGAUACAUGAUAUAGACCUUCGACAUCGGGGAUGGCAGGACCAUGUAACACCUUUUGUGGCAAUGUGGUGCAUGCGUAGAGAUUAUAUUGCUAUUAGUCAUCUGGUGGACGAUGAUGGUGAUUGCGAUCCCAGAUACAUGAGUUGGUAUUUGUCAAUUAAUAGACUUUAUAUCACUCAAGAAGGAGCAGCGUCUAGUGCUACUACGGGCAUGUUUUGAACAAAUUAGUAUCAUCCCAUCGUCAGAAGAUAUUAAUAGCUUGUGUACCACUAGUGGUAGAUAUCUUCAAAGGCUUCAUCAGUUGUAUAGAGUACCUACACCCAGGGUUCAAAAUGCCGCUCGACAUGUCGAGUAUGUCAUCAUUGACAUAGGGGGUAAAAGUCGAUUUUCCCUCAUAUCGUCGACAUGUCGAAAUGUCGACAAAAUGUCGACAUGUCUUUUUUUUCCUCUUCUUCUUUUAAGGUUAUUUUAUUUUCAUCAUUUUCCUACUAUAUCACUAUAGUCUAUAAUUUCUUACA